AUGACGCAGCUAGACAGCAUUCUCGAUGGGCAGCCUCAGGAGUCGGUGCCGGAGUCCGGGGACAGGGAUCACCAGGAGGACCAGGAGCAGCUUUUAUACGAGGAGCAUGCCGCCAGGGUAAAGGCGGAGGCCGACGCCUCGGCAGCCCAGCGCCGCUUCCUGGUGGCCAGCCAGCAGAUGGCCGAAUACCUGGGUCAAAAGGCGGACGACACGCGCGUCCUGGCCUCCGAGGCCGGGUCCAUCCACAGCGCCGCGGCGGAGUCGGGCGCAGCGGGCGCCGCCCUGGCCCCCAGGUGCUCCGAACUCGCCGCCUCCCUGCAGGCGGCGGCCGUCGACCUCGACACCACGGCCGGCCACUUCAGGACCGAGUGCGAAGCCACCAAGCGGAGUCUGUCCCAGGCCAACCUGGGCGACGCCGCGGGUGGAGCCAUGAGCCCCAAGCGCAUGCGGGAGGCCCAGGACGCAGCCCGGGAGGGUUUGGAAGGUGCAGGGGAGGGGGGCUGCACCGGCCAAGAGGAGGCGGAGGAGGCGGAGGAGGCAGCCCCGCAGGGCAAGGCUGGCGCCCCGCUGUCGGGCCUGACGCUGCACGACACCUUCCGCGAGCGCGCGCGCUACAUCCCGCUGCGCCUGGACCCCGAGGAACGGCGCCUGCUGCGCCUGCUGGAGGCUGCGCUGUCUGUCUCCGAGUACACCGACCGCGUAGACGUGCUGAGCUGGCGCAGCAAGUCCGCGCGCGUGCACGCGCAGGUCAAGGACAUCUGCGCCAUCCUGUGCGGCCUGGUGGUGGCCCAGGACUUCCGCCGCGGCCAGAAGCUGAUCGUGCAGCGCGACUUUGCCGGGCUGGCCACCUUCUUCCAGGACUGCUUCGAGGUGGGGCGCCGGCACAAGAUCAUGAACCCGGAGAAGAUGCGGGACACCUACGGCAAGCUCAUGUACAUGCUCAUGGACGCCUCGGAGCCAGAGAUCCAGGAGCUGCUGGAGUUCAACUGCAUACGGCCGCUGCGGACGGUGUACACGCUGCUGGAGGGCGCCGGCGCCCUGGCCCUGCUGGACGAUCCGCUGCUGGACUGCGCGACGGCGGAGAUCCACGCGUCGGGCGUGCCGCGGCAUGAGGUCCAGCGCCGCAUCAAGGCCAAGGAGCGUGCGAGGGAGGUCCUGGCGCGGCGGCACCGCUCCGCCACGCUCUCCGAGGACGACGUCCUGCGCUGCCUGUACUCUAUUUCUGACAACAACACGUACCUGCUUUUCAAUCGCGACCCCGUGGACAAGAUGAUCGGGUACCUGGAGGCGCACUUCUCCCCCAAGAAGGCGGAGCCGGGGGCCAGCCUGGCCAUCCAGGGCGGGUCGCAGGGCGCGCGCCUCACCCACUCGCAUGAACGUCAGUACACAUACGUCCUGCAGAGCCUGACGCUGUGGCGCGAGAUCUCCCACGAGAUGUUCAAGCUGUGGUACAUGGCCGACGCCGACAUGCUGCACCCCUCCAACUACUACCGCCUGCAGAACACGGGCCAGGGUUUGCAGCGCGUGCAGGCAGCGCCCGGCGUCGGCCGCGCCAUGCACGCCAUCCUGGCGCGGUGCCAGCGCCGGCUGGGCGGCUGGGUGGGCUCCUCGGUGGUGCACCUGGGCGACCACAACGUGCCCAACGCCCUCCUCUUCAUCGACAAGUACACCCAGGUGCCGCGCAUCCUGGGGCCCCUCGUGCUGGUGCUGGAGGCGCUGCCCACGCUGUGCCGCGACCGCGCGGUCCGCGCCUACGUGGAGGCCGUGCACGGGUCGGUGGCGGGGUGCCGCGGGGCGGUGCUCCUCGACUUCUUCCGCCACGCGUUUGACGGGUCUGGGGCCGACAACUUCUUCGACGCCGGCUCCUGCAUCGACGGCCGGCUGACCAGCGCCUGGAACUGGUGUAGCAAGCUGGAAAAGAAGGAAUACGCCCACGUCUUUGCGCUAGCAGGGUUCACCUCCUUCGACGGCGACUUCAAGUGA